UCUCCUCCGAUAUUGUUCAGAGAGUUCCGCAAUCCGGAGAUACAACAGCUACUUCUCUCUCUCCUCCGAGAUUGUUCGAAUAGCUAGUCGUACAUAUAUAUAUAUAUAUAUAUAUAUAGAAGGGCAGAACAAGAUUGAAGAUUUGUGGGCAGAACAACAUUGAAGAUAAGAAGAUGGCAACUCUGGCUGAUUCUUUCCUGGCAGACCUUGAUGAUUUAUCCGAUAACGAAGCCGAUAAUCUUAAUGAGGAUAAUGUGGAUACAGAGAACAUGGAAGAAGAUAUUGAUGGGGACCUAGAGGACAUAGAAGCUCUUAAUUGUGAUGAUCUUGAUAGUGUUUUGAAAUUGCAGAAAACACAGCGCUUCAUCAAUAUUAUGCAGAAAGUUGAAGAUGCACUUGAAAAGGGGUCUGAUAUGUUGAUUCACGGAAUAGUUUUGGAAGAUGAUCCUGAAUACCAGCUGAUAGUAGAUUGUAAUGCAUUGUCAGUCGAGAUUGAGAAUGAAAUUGUUAAUAUCCACAAUUUUAUCCGCGACAAGUAUCGCUUGAAAUUUCCAGAGCUUGAAUCACUUGUUCAUCACCCAAUUGAUUACGCUCGAGUAGUUAAGAAGAUUGGGAAUGAAAUGGAUUUAACCCUUGUUGAUCUGGAAGGAAUUUUACCCUCUGCUAUCAUUAUGGUUGUUUCAAUUACUGCAUCAACUACUAGUGGCAAGCCACUUCCAGAGGAAGUCCUCCAAAAGACAGUUGAUGCAUGUGAUCGGGCUCUUGCUCUUGAUUCAGCAAAAAAGAAAGUCCUUGAUUUUGUGGAGCGUAGAAUGGGUUAUAUUGCCCCCAAUCUUUCUGCCAUAGUUGGGAGCGAUGUUGCCGCAAAACUUAUGGGUACUGCUGGUGGCCUAUCAGCAUUAGCUAAGAUGCCAGCUUGCAAUGUUCAACUUCUUGGUGCCAAGAAAAAGAACCUGGCAGGGUUUUCCACUUCAUCAUCCCAAUUUCGUGUAGGUUAUAUUGAGCAAACAGAACUAUUUCAGAGCACACCCCCUUCUCUGAGGGUGCGUGCUUACCGACUACUGGCUACAAAAUCAACACUUGCUGCACGUGUAGAUUCCACAAGAGGUGAUCCAACUGGGAAGACUGGAAGAUCCUUCCGGGAACAGAUCCGUAAGAAAAUUGAGAAGUGGCAAGAGCCACCUCUUGCCAAGCAACCAAAGCCUCUUCCUGUUCCUGAUUUUAUGCCCAAAAAGAAGAGAGGUGGGCGUCGGUUGAGAAAGAUGAAGGAAAGGAAUGAAAUAACAGACAUGAGGAAGCUGGCAAAUCGGAUGCAAUUUGGAGUUCCUGAAGAGAGUUCUUUAGGUGACGGAUUGGGGGAAGGAUAUGGAAUGCUUGGUCAGCCUGGAAGCGGAAAAUUGCGUGUAUCCAUUCGUCAGAGCAAACUUGCUGCCAAAGGAGAUAAAAAGUUCAAGAAAAAGCAUUAUGGAAGCAGUGGUGCUACCUCAGGACUGACUUCAAGUUUGGCCUUUACACCUGUGCAGGGGAUGGAGCUCUCAAAUCCACAGGCGCAUGCAAGUCGGCUUGGAAGCGGAACUCAAAGCACUUACUUUUCAGAAAUCGGAACAUUUUCAAAGAUACAUUUUCAGAAAUCGGAACACGUUCACAUAUAACAAUAUAAAUACAGAGUGAAUUAAUAUACAAGUAUAUAGAAAUGGAUAGACAAAGGCAUAUAGAGGAUAAAGGAUAGGUAAAGAAUCUGCUUGGGAAAGGAGAUCCUUUGAGGGCGAAGGGUCUUUAUUUGGUCUCUCAAAUUCAAUAUAUUGUCUUCUUCGUUUUUUUUUAUUUUAUUUUAACGGGGCAGAAUUGUAUAUCUAUGUAUCUUCUUUUGGAUUUUGUGGAUCGUUUGAAAUUUGAAAUUAUAGUGAAUUGUGAAAAAAAUCUGAUGUGAUGAUGGUGCUA